UGGCUAGAAAAAGACCAGGAAGAUGUGUGUCCUCAAAACUUACCCACAUCAUACCUGAGUUGAUCCUCCCUGUGCGCCUCUUGACUUGUGAUGGAGUCUGCUAUUGGUGUGCUGGUGUCCAAGUUCAAGGCGUAUGCUGGCAGUGACGGUUCCUCUGACACACUGAGCAGAGAUGAGUUUCGCAGUCUGGUCACAUUAGAGCUCCCCAGCUUCAUCAAGAAUGCUGGCGACCCCACUGCCAUGGACCAGCUCAUGAGCUCAUUGGAUGAGAACAACGAUGGAGAGCUAAACUUCCUGGAGUUCUGGCAGCUGAUUGGGCAUCUUGCGAGCAAACAUGGGGGGUUCAGCCAAUAGAGUGUCCUCAGAUGCACUGUUACAGUUCCACGUGUUACUAAAUUGUCUGUGUGCCAUACAGUUAGAGAAAAUUGGAAAAUGGCCAAAUGGAAAACACCCUAAGUCUGAUUCGAAUGCUAAAUGCUGUGUUUUUCAUCAGUAGUCUGAAUGUCUCCUCACCCCCCUCCUCUCACCGGCAACUGGCAGACUGUUCUGUCACAGAAUACUAUUGAACAGUUUCAGCAAUAUUAGAACCAGUCCUAGUUCCCAGCACACCCACACUCAUACACCAACACAUACACACAGCUGCUUGUGCUUACAGGUCUACAAGGAAGUUGCAGAAUGGGAAUGAGAAUGUGUGUGUUAACAGCACUAUGUAUUCUUGGCGUUCCUAAUUCUUGGAAAACACACCUUGUGGAGUUAAUCACUUCCCACUAGGACCCAAACAGAGGUGUGGUGUGUCGGCAGAGAAAGAUUAAUAUGUUAAAAGCUGGAAAUAAAAUCUAAAGAGUUGUUUAC